AUGGUCUUCUUACGCUUGACUGUUAAAGUACUCCCCCGGGAGCGACUGCUCGAAGGCUCGCAGUCUUCCAAAGUGACGCCUUCGACUACUGGCAACCAUGAUAGAAAUGGGGUGGUCGUAAAUGGGGCCUCCACACCUGGCAAACCUAUUAUAUUGAUGGUUCCUGUUGAGAACCCUGAAGAAGUCACACUGGGUGGUCUUGCAGGUUUAAUACAGGACAUGUGGGCGAGGCUCCGACCGAACUCUGGGCCUCUUGAGAUUAAGAAAAUACUCGACGCCGACCAUCCCGACGAAAACCUUGAUAUUCAGCUUACUGUCGCAGACGUAUUCGUCCAACAUGGGAGAGCGGCCACAGACGGACAAGACCAGCGAGCCGUUGCGCUCGUCAUCCAAAAACCUACGACGCAGCCUAUAUUCGACCGCGAGGGCUCAGUCGUCCAGGAUUGGGCAGGUGCAGCUGGUAGGAGUUACACGUCUUUCAAGCAGCGAAUGCAGUCUUUGCGCCGUCCUGAGUCUAGAAUCCCGACCAUCGAUGAAAACGAACAGCUUUUCAAAAAUGCUGAUAAUGGCGCGGACAAACCUGAUACUGAAAUGGAGGCUACCCUGCCUCCUUUGAUUGACGUUAGCCCAUGCGAUACACCUGUUAAAUCGGUAGAGCGCGACGAGACUGAAAAACCUAAUGAGCGUCCGGAAUCGCCGCACUCUUGGGGCGAGUCAGAGAGCAUUGACGAUAAGUCUUCAUUGCGCGGCCGCGAGGCAAGUGAGGAACUGGGUGUUUCGCCUAUUCAUAUCCGCCAGCAAUGGACCUCUCAAGAGGAUCCGUUCGUGAAUGAAGGUCAAGAAAAUCUUAUCACUUCAGAGCAUUGUGCACCACCAGAAGAAGUAGUUGACAACGGAAAUGAACCGGUCAGCGAAAUUCAGGCAGCGGACAGUCAGGAGAAGACACCGACUUUGCAUGCUCAACCAGCAACCAAGCCACAACAAAAUGGUGACCAGAUCAUGAAAGAUGAUGGAGAGGAAAAUGCUGUGUUUUCUGACACAGAUAGUGACGUCGAGAUGGUGAAUUCGAUGCCAGAGCCAGUUCCAGAGAAGCGGAAGCCUGGAAGACGCAGUGUCCCGAUUGUCUUGAUUGAAAAGAAAAUUGAUCACGGGGACCAGAAUGUUGCAGCCAAGCGAAAGAGGAACAGUUUAGGCGAGUUGCCACCGGCAAAAGAGCUUCGAUUGGAGCCAACACAUAUCCCGUCCACGCCUCUCAUUCAGAGGACUUCGACAAUGGAACAUCAAGGCACUGCUUCGCUAGCACCAGACAUGCCUCCCUCAUUUAGGCGACGUCCAUCUUUCUCAAGUCCACAGAGGCCUUUCGAUCUUGCCGAUCGGCCUCUCAAUGUGCCAAAGGAUAGCAUGGGAUUAGGGAUUACCAGAAGCCCGAAGGCUCAUCGAUCGAGAACGUCCAACGGAAAGAACGAAAUACAUACAGAAGAGGCUAGGAGCAUGCCCCCGUUAUCAUCAACCAACUUCAACCCUAUUGUUAACCAGUUCGUGCAUGCCACACCUUCAAAAUCAAUCGAAGCGCCUUCGUUCGACUCAUCCUCUAAGUUACGAUCUGCAUUGCGUAAAACCCCGCCGACAGAUCCUAGUCGCUCCAGACGCUCGGUUUCUUUCGUCGAGAACGGCGCAAACAGAGACCACUCGCCCAGUCCUACGAAAAUGAAAUCCCCAGCGGCAGCCAUAUCUAUACCGAGCGCGGCAGUUUCCUCACCUGCACCGGCUUCUUCUGCGCCUUCAAGUUGUAAAUGGCCGGAUUCCGUGUCAGACGCUAAGAUUUUGAAAAUUCGCAAGCAAAUACAGAUGGAAAAGGAGGGAAAGUUGGACUCUGAGCAGAAUUCUCAGACUACUCCUCUCAAUAGAGGAGCAGAAAAAUGCUCACGGAGCAAGAAAAAGAAAAAGACGCUUACACCUGUUUCUCUCAACGCAAGUGAGGAGAGGCCUGCACCGCAAUUGAACAACAGCCCAGCUCUGCCACCUGUACAGAAGAGUCCAGCUCCGCAGCCUCCCUCGCAGCAGAGAUCUCAGAUCGAUCUCAAUAAAGGAGUAGAAAAGAGCACAGACAGCAAGAAACAGAAAAAGGCAAGGGUUUCUGGUCCUCUGGAUGAAAAAGACGCACAACCUGCACUACAAUCGAACAACAGCGCGACACCACCUGUACGACAGAGUCCGGCUCCGCAGCCGAAGAAGAAAUCUCAGACUUCUGAUCUCAACAGAAGACCAGAAAAGGGUAUAGAGACCCCGCUAAGUGUUGUUUCUCUGAACGAAGGUGACACGGAAUCUGCACAAUUGAACAAGAACACUACACCACCUCUAAAGAAAAAGUGUCCAGCUCCUCAGUCCCAGUCACAACUGAAGCAAAACUAUUCGUCUACCUCCCUCGAUAAAGGAGCACAAUCCAGUACAGAACAUAAAAAGCAGAAACAGACACAAAUCCCUGUUUCUCGUGAUUCAUAUGACAAGGAUCCCGCAUCGCAACUGCACAAGAGCCCGACGCCCCUACAGAGAAGUCCAGCUCCGCAGCCUUUGUCGCAGUCUCAGUCGAACCAGGGUUCUCAGACCCCUGAUCACAACAAAGGUGCAGGCAACGUCAUACAGCAUAUAAAACAGAAACAGACACAGACUCCUGUUUCGCUGAACGCACGUGACAAGCAUCUUCCACCACAGUCGAACAAGAGCGCGAUGCCCUCUGUACCUAAGAGUCCAGGCCUGCAGUCACUACUUCAUUCGCAGCUUCAGUCACAGCCUCAGUCGCAGUCGCAGUCUUCUGAGGUCAGUCUACCGCCAAUUGAAAAGAUACGCACUGGAUUGGAGGAUCGCCCUCAUAACAACAAGGAAAGUAAAAAAUCGGUUACGAAGAAGAUUACAACAACUCGCACGAUUUCAGCGAUGGAAACGAGUGAAGACAUGCAUGCUCUGCCAGAUGUGCCACCUACAGAGAGUCCGAAAUCGGUUCUAUCUCAAAAUUCCAUGGCCACCAGACAAUUACAUUCAGAACUCGAGAUUGCCGGCUCCAACUCUCCUACCAAGACUGAAUCUUUUCCUCCUCCGUCAGAUCCAGUAUCUUCUGGCGCACCGCUCACUGCGAAGCCUGCCAAGAAACCAGAGUCUUCCUCGUCAGAAUCCUCAUCCGAAUCCUUAUCCUCAUCUGACUCAGGUGACGAUAUCCCCGCUGGCUCCUUUGCGCAGAGAAUAGCUACCGCCCCCAACACCAGUUACUACUUUGGCGCUCCUAACUGGAACCCAGUCAACGCAAACAAGAGACAUACCAUCCAAAGUGUCAGAGAGGAACUGCGCAAGGAAAUGGAAGCCCAGGCAGCCCGCGAUGCCGAAAAAGCAAAGGCUAAUACUCAAACUAAUGGCACUACGAAGCCUAAGAAGCCAGCAUCCACUCGCAAGGUCGACAAGGAGCUUUUCGAUAUGACGUCCAGUGAAAGUGAUGAAGAUGACGAAACGUCGAGCAGUGAAUCCGACAGCAGUGACGACGACGAUUGA